AUGGAAAAACACGGUCAUUCCCAGGCGGCACCGGCGCCCACGAAUGUCGCGAUCUCAGCUUCCAGCUCCUAUCUGCUGAAGCCACGCUUUAUCGGAUGUCUUGUUGGUUUCCUUCUCGGAGCCAUGUGUGGGAUGGGGAGCUAUGCUAUCAUUGCACCGUUUCUCACCUACGUCAACAACGACCUGGGACCCGACCCCAACUACUUCUGGAUCACUAUUUGCUUCACUGUCAUCCAAGCUGUGGGCUUGACUUUUGUUGGGCGAAUUUCCGACGUCUUUGGGCGCCGUUGGACCUUUGUUGGAGGCUCUGUCAUCUCGCUGAUCGGGUACAUCGUCUGUGUGACCGCACAAUCCGUGUCCGCAUUGAUAGCUGGCAUGUGUCUUUGCUCAGCUGGCGGUACGACCCAGACCAGUUUCUACUCGGCCCUCGGCGAACUGGUGCCGUUGAAGCACCGGUUCUUGGUCAAUGGAAUCAUGUACUUUGGAGGAUUUCCCAUCUCCAUUUUCGGACCUGCAAUCACGGCCGCAAGCAUUCUCUAA